UUGGAGUGGACUCAGCUGUCCCUGGUGAGUGCGGCUGCGGGAGCUGGAGGCGUUGUGUGCUUUUCACUUGGAUUUCUCUGCCGACGCUGAUUUCCUUUUCCGUUACGAGUUGGAAGUCCCGGCAACCCAUUUCUUGAUCUUCUGAAAGCAGCCGGGUUGUCACUUUAUUCGCGGGUUGCUGCGUCCCGCGUCUCUGAGAGUCUCACUCUUCUUCUAAAGAGAAGAAUCACCACCUUAUGGCUGGGGUUUUGCGCUCAGUAUUUCAGAGGCCUCCAGGCACACUGCAGACUGUGAAAAAAGGUGUGGACUCUCUGACUGGCACCGACUGGAUUCGUCACAAAUUUACCAAAUCAAGAAUCCCAGAUAAAGUGUUUCAGCCUAGCCCUGAAGAUCAUGAAAAAUAUGGAGGGGACCCCAAGAACCCUCAUAAGCUGCACAUUGUUACUAGAAUAAAAAGUACAAAACGGCGUCCAUACUGGGAAAAAGACACAAUCAAGAUGCUUGGACUACAGAAGGCGCACACCCCUCAAAUUCACAAGAACAUCCCUUCCGUGAAUGCAAAGUUGAAAGUGGUUAAACACUUGAUACGCAUCCAGCCCCUGAAGCUGCCACAAGGACUUCCCACUGAAGAGACCAUGUCGAGCACGUGCCUCAAGAGCACUGGCGAGUUGGUGGUGCAGUGGCACCUGAAGCCCGUGGAGCAGGAAGCCAAGUCCUGAUGCCACACAGCUCGAGAUAGAAUGGUUACUGUGGAAACCGUUUUCAUUAAAGUCUAUGUUAACCCAAUUAU